CUAAGGCAUUCACAAAGAGCGCCUCCCUCUCGGCUACAGAUUCUAAUAGAGACAAGAUGGCGGCCGCAGCAUCAAUGAUGCCUUACUUUGGGCAGCAGAUUUCCUCCAAACACGACAUGGUACCGGACUGGACCAGCCAGGAAGUCAGCACCGGGACCACCAUCAUGGCGGUGGAGUACGAUGGAGGAGUAGUGAUGGGUGCUGACUCUCGCACCACCACUGGAGCUUACAUCGCCAACAGAGUAACGGACAAACUGACUCCGAUCCACGACAGAAUCUUCUGCUGCAGGUCUGGAUCAGCUGCUGACACUCAGGCCAUCGCUGACGUGGUCACCUACCAGCUGGGCUUCCACAGCAUUGAGCUGGAUGAGCCCCCAUUGGUGGAGACUGCUGCCAAUCUAUUCAAAGCGAGCUGCUACAGGUACAGAGAGGAGCUGACCGCUGGAAUCCUGGUGGGCGGCUGGGACUCCAGGAAGGGGGGACAGGUGUACUGCGUUCCUAUUGGUGGGAUGCUGGUGAGGCAGCCGGUGUCGGUGGGGGGCAGCGGCAGCACCUACAUUUAUGGCUUCAUGGACUCAAACUACAAACCAGGAAUGACCAAAGAGCAGUGUCUGGAGCUCACUGCGUCAGCUCUGUCUCUGGCGAUGGAGAGAGACGGUUCCAGCGGGGGCGUGGUCAGACUGGCGAGCAUCUCGGAGGAGGGAGUGGAGAGACGGGUCAUUCUGGGAAACCAGCUGAAGAAAUUCUCCACACACUAAACACACACACACACACACACAGAGUGGUGUGUUAACUUGUUCAUUUUGUUGUGUUAAUAAAGUUUUCAUUCUGUC